GACCCGACCGGCUCGGAGCUCAGCUGGAUGUUACAGGCGUGCAAAAUGGAAGGGUUUCCCCUCGUCCCUCCUCCAUCGGAAGACCUGGUUUCCUACGACACAGAUCUGUACCAACGCCAAACGCAUGAAUACUACCCCUAUCUCAGCAGCGAUGGAGAAAGUCACAGUGACCACUACUGGGACUUCCACCCCCACCAUGUGCACAGUGAGUUCGAGAGCUUCGCCGAGAACCACUUCACCGAGCUGCAGAGUGUGCAGCCACCACAGCUACAGCAGCUCUACCGCCACAUGGAGCUGGAGCAGAUGCACGUCCUCGACACCCCCGUGGUGCCACCCCAUGCUGGCCUCGGCCACCAGGUCUCCUACCUGCCCCGGAUGUGCCUCCCGUAUCCAUCCCUGUCCCCGGCCCAGCCCAGCUCGGAUGAAGAGGAGGGCGAGCGACACAGCCCCCCACUGGAGGUGUCUGACGGGGAGGCCGAUGGCCUGGAUCCCGGGCCUGGCCUCCUGCACGGGGAGACAGGCAGCAAGAAGAAGAUCCGCCUGUACCAGUUCCUGCUCGACCUGCUCCGCAGCGGCGACAUGAAGGACAGCAUCUGGUGGGUGGACAAGGACAAGGGCACCUUCCAGUUCUCGUCCAAGCACAAGGAGGCGCUGGCGCACCGCUGGGGCAUCCAGAAGGGCAACCGCAAGACCAUGACCUACCAGAAGAUGGCGCGCGCGCUGCGCAACUACGGCAAGACGGGCGAGGUGAAGAAGGUCAAGAAGAAGCUCACCUACCAGUUCAGCGGCGAGGUGCUGGGUCGCGGGGGCCUGGCCGAGCGGCGCCCCCCGCCGCACUGA